AUGGGGUAUGAUACAUCAAAAGAAGAAAAAGAUUUACGUGGCUGUUUGACGGAAACUGUGAUCACUAUGAUGGAACGUAGUAUGCAGUAUGACAGCGAUCAGGUUCCAUGGAUAAUGGGUUCAAUGCAAUCCAGUGCUCGUCCUCCGAAUGAAGCAACAUUUGGAUAUCACGCCAAGGUUGCAGCGAAAUUUGAAUGUGAAGAACACAAACGAGAAGCGCAGUUCCUUAAUCUCUAUGAGGAUUAUCCAGUGGGAUUUUGGAGCAAGCAUGUAUUGGUGAAUGUCGGUCUCGACGGGAACAAAAGCAUUAAACAUUUCACUCGAACCAGCAAGAGGGAAGAGAAUGUCGUGUGA